CCAAAUCUACGCCCUUGCUCUGACCCAUCCCUGUGUUGCGUGUUAGAGUCUGUCAUGUCACCCGUGUUUAUAUCUCCAUGUUUGACUGUCACCCUCCGUGUGCCUUGUCUCUAUGUCUGUAUCUGUGUGUGUCCCUCGUGCCGCCUUUUAGUUGUGUUUCUGUUUGCCCCCAUGAACUGUUCCUGUGUUUUUGUCACCUCAGUCUGUCAUGUGUUCCAUGUAUGUUUGUCCUCUUUUCGAUUGUCAAGCUUUCAUGUCCUUGUCUGGGUCUAUUUGUUUUUUGCCAUCUAAUUAAGGUAAAUUUCAUGUUUUUAGUUGUUAUAAUCUGAUGAGCAAUAUUUUAUUUUAUUUUUUGUUGUUCCCUCUGUUUCUCAUCGAUUCGUCUGUUCAUCAUCCCCUCCAUCAAGCCUUUAUUUGUCACAUGCAAUGUUACACAUACAUAUUACCUGCAGUGAAAAUUUGACCCCCUUCUGACCAUACAUAUAUUGCACAAAGAUCACAUUGGGAAGACAGGUAGGAAACAGGUUGGAUAAGGCAGAGAGUCAAAACACAGUCUUGUAAUCUGGGAGAAUUUGUUGUGCCAGCCAGCCAGCCAGCCACAUGAAGGUAAUCGUUGUUUGGGUUAGGUUUAGUGCAAACAAACUGCAUUCCAAUUUCGCAGUUGAUCUGAUGUCCAUCACUGGUCCCCAGAUCUAUCGAUUCCCCGUUGCAGAGUUGGAGCUUCUCCAAGAUCGUAUCCAUAUUGUGUUCAAUAAGCAAAGUCGGUAGAUGUCUUUCAAAUGUCUUCCAUAUUGAGUGUUGCCAGGCACACGACACUCCACUUCUCCCAGCCAUUGUGUGUCCGGCAGCAAAGGACCCUGCACGACAAUCGGGUUCCCCAAAGCCCAGGCUUCUCAUCGAGAAGGUGGUGUCAAUUUUCGUUAAGAGACCAGUUGAUCAAAUCCAUAAUUCCCUGUGUAUCUCCCCCUGCAUUCCUCUUCCCAUGUUUCCGUGUUUCAGGUUUUUUUGUUUGUUCUGUGUUUCAGGUUUCUUGUUUAGUUUUCCCAGUUUAGGUUUUGUUAGUUCCCUUCCUGCCUUGUUUUGUGUUCCUGUUCAGCCAAAUAACGGCUCACUUUUUGUUAAACAUUCACCUCAGCUCCGUGUAUCUGCAUUGGGUCCACUCUCUCUCCAGUACAAAGACAGUACGAACUUACCAAACUAUGGACCCAGCAGACCUCGAGCUGUACAAGCGGUGGGAGGUAGCCUUCACCCAGCUGGAGGAAGAGCUCAGGUGGAAGCCAUUGUGCACCCCCGAAUAUGAGCAUGUUUUCCGUGGAACCCGCCCAGCUCUCGGGCGGCCCUGGAGUUGCCGUGUACGUCCACCAGCGCCUAGGCCUCGGCCACUUCAAGCGGGAGUACUCAGGUUUGCUCCAUGCCCUCACUCCGCAGACUUGGCCCUGCCAUACUGUGCGCUGGAGGCUAAGCUGCCUGGCUUGCCGGCUUCCUGUUCCCGGACGAAGCAGUGUUCCCGCCGCCACACUCAAUGGUCGCUGAGCAACUCCCGGUUGACGGCUGCAGCCCAGCUUUCCCCUGCACCCGUAUCAGUUCCCCGGGUGAGGGGGGCUAGAGCCCGGUUGGUCCCUGCCCUGGUUCCCAGGCUGGCUGAGGCUCUGAUAGUCCCUGCACCUGUACCUACUCCUCAGGUGGGGACAGCAGACGCCCAGCCGUUGCCGGUGCCUGUCCCAGCUAUGAACCAGCUCCCUCCUGCACCCAUAUCUACUCCUCGGGUGGGAGUGGCUGGUGUUCGGUCCGCCCCGGCACCAAUGCCGGUCCCCAGGGUGAGGCCAGCCAGGACACAGCUGACUUCUGCACCCAUACCUACUCCUUGGGUGGGAGCAACUAGUGUCCAGCAGGUGCCUGCACCCCCUCCCUGGGGGCUCAUAAGAGCUGCUCCAGCACUCCCUUGUGUCCGCUGGGGGCUCUGGGGAGUCCUUCCAGCCAUCAGCUCCACCUACAAGCAGCCUGAUGGCUGCCACCCCGUCAUCUGGUCCUGCCUCGUCUGAUCCUGACUUGUCCACAUCCUGCUCGGCCUAUAUGUCCAUAUAAUGCUCAGCUUGUCUGUCCACGUCCUCCAUGGCUUGCCUGUCCAUGUCCUACAUGCCUUGCCUGUCCACAUUCAUCUACCACACCACACCAUUACCGGCCACCUUCCUGGCCACUCACUGCCGAGCUUCAACGUUGCCGCCGACGCUUUCCACAUGGCUGGCCUCCUGGAGUGCUUUGCCCCUGCCACUUCCCACACGGCCCGUCUCCUAAAGUGUUCUGUCGCUGUCACUUUCCUCACGGUUGGCCUCUGGACCUUCUAGCCUGCACCACUGCAGCUUUCCACUCUGUCGGUCACCUGAUCUGUAUUUGCACUGCUGCUUUCUACAUGGCCAACCCCAGAGCAGGGCUUUUCAGGGUUGUUUUUAACCUUUUUUGGCUCCAUGUUCUCUGGUUUUGGACUCUGUUUGAUCUGCCAGCUCAGACCGUGACAAAAAGGAAGUUUUUCCUUUCCACUGUUGCCAAAGCACUUAUUUAAAGGGGGUCAUAUUGUUGGGGUUUUCU